AUGGACAGCGAGGUGUAUACUGUGGAUCUGAAUCCAAGAGGGAGUAUGGUGGCAUAUGGGGGAGGAAACGACAGAUGCACUGUAAUGGAUCUAGAAACAGGAGACGUCGUCAGCAUAGUGGAGAACUUCGGCGACUCUGUGAUAUUCUGCAAGUUCAUAGACGGCGAAAAGCUCCUUGUCGGGUCUUUGGAUGGAACUAUAUCGCUGAUGACUCUGGAGGAGGAAAUCAACAAUGUCUCUGUGAACGAGGACAUUUCAAAGAUAAAGGUGGAUAAGGAUAAGCUGCUGGUUGGAACGACCAGGGGGAAUGUGCACCUGUUCAGCCUUGACCUGUGCAUUCAGAACGUUUGCAUUGGCCAGUACAGCGAGAUACAGGAUAUGUGCUACGAAAGCGGGAGGGCAUAUACUCUCAGCGAAACCAACUUCAUGGUAUUCGAUGCUGAGAGCCACCGGAAGCUUAUGGAUCUGCAUGUGAGGGGCGGGUCGGCCAUCGGCAAGAUGCCCUCGAGUGACGUAGUCUGCCUGGGGCUAGAGGGAUGCAUUGUGGUACGCAAAAACGCACAUCUUCUGGGGAGGAUCGAGGUUGAUGGAAGUCCGGAGUGCAUCCUGUACAUGAACAACUACUUCAUUGUUGGGGGAGACUUCGACUACAUACUCUUGAUCAACAUGCCCAUGAGCAUGCGCACAUUCAAGAUUCCUGUUGGAGUGGAGGGGAUAUCAGGCAUAAGAGGAGAUGGAGAGAACCGCAUUGCAUUCAGUACAUGCAAUGGAGCUGUCGGGUAUGGAGACAUAAGGGACGAAAAGAGCUUCAAGCUUAUCGAAGGAGGAGUAGGGUGUAUUUUCGACAUGUGUUUCAAGGGCGACACGAUAUAUGUUGGAGGGGAGCACGGAUUUAAUGCCCUUGACAUAAGGAAAAUCGAGGAGAUUCCACGGGAAGAGUAG